CGCCACUCUUAAUCAAUGGUGGAACAAUAUACCCAAAAUAUUCGGCGAUAAUACACACUGAUCGCGAAAGUACGCAUGUGCAGCGAAUCACCGCCUCUUCGUGGUGCGAUGGUGUUGGUGGAGCAUGCGCUGUGCAGCUCCCAGGAGCUGAACGACGACGAGUGUAGCUGAGUGUCGUUUGCGCCUCUGCGGUUCAGAACUAGAACCGCUGGGCCCACUGGACAACAGGCGAGGGCUCCCGAAAGUGAGUAGAGCCACUACUAAAGCGAUGGUGCAGCGCCUCUGCACUCGUGCCGCCGUGUGCUGUUUCUUCUGUCGUUUCCGCCGAGUCCAACUCGGAACAAAGGAGCCGCCAGCGACUUGCCCUGACGGACAUGCGCACUGUGGACUCAUGGGGAAAUGAACGCGUUGGAUCGAGCGGUUUCUUAGAUUCGGAGACGUCUGGGAAAUACAGCCGCCAUUACUCACCUUUUUAGGACAUUACAAGAGGGGAAUUGUCAGACCAUAAGAAAACUUGAUAGAUAACCAGUUCAGCAACAUUGGUCUUCAAACAUGGAAACAAAAAACACCAUGCUCAGCAGGGAGCAGCUGGCCACGUAUUUAGUUGAUGGUUGAGGGCUGACCUGUUAAUACACAGAUACAGUCACAUCAGCGAGAAACUGUGUAAAUGGCGGGUGGGUGUGUGAUAAAUAAGUUCAUUACCUGAUUGAGCUGGGAGUUCAUUCAUAGUGGUGAGAUGAUGUUCACUUGCCCUGUUUGUGGAAAGGAAUUCACUGAUUCGUCCCACCUACUGAGACACCAACGAGUUCACACUGGGGAAAGGCCAUUCACCUGCUCCGUUUGUUGGAAGGGAUUCACUCAGUCAUCCCAUCUCCUGAGACACCAGCAUGUUCACACUGACAAGAGACCUUUUAACUGUCCUGAUUGUGAGAAGCCAUUUAAAAGUAAACAGGAUCUGCUGAGACAUCAACAUACUCAUACUGGUGAGAGGCCAUUCACCUGCUUGAACUGUGGGAAGGGUUUCACUAAUUCAUCCAACCUGCUGAAGCACCAACGAGUUCACACUGAUGAACGACCUUUUAAAUGCUCAGACUGUGGGAAGUGUUAUAAAAGCUCAGAGGAACUGACAUGCCAUCAACGUGUUCACACUGAUAAAAGACCAUUCAGAUGCUCUGACUGUGGGGCUGGGUUCACCCGAUCAUCUCAACUUACUAUACAUCAACGCCGUCACACUGGAGAGAGACCAUAUAUGUGCUCUAUAUGCGGGAAGGGAUUCACUUGCUCAUCCCAUCUCACGACACACCAACGUAUUCACACCAAUAAGAGACCUUUCAAAUGUUCUGACUGUGAAGAGAGGUUUAAAAGCAGAAAUGAGCUGCUGACACACCAGCAUAAUCACACCGGAGAGAGACCAUUCACCUGUUCUGAUUGCGGCAAGGGAUUCUGUCGAUCAUCCCAUCUCCUGAUACACCAGCGAGUUCACAAUGGGGAGAGACCAUUCAUCUGCCCUGUGUGUGGCAAGAGAUUCACUCAAUCAUCCAUCCUCCUGACACACCAGCGAAUUCACACUGGGGAGAGACCUUUCAUUUGCCCCAUGUGUGGGAAGAGAUUCACCCAGUCAUCUCACCUAUUGACACAUCAGCUUGUUCACAAUGACAAGAGACCUUUUACAUGUUCUGACUGUGAGAGGAAAUUUAAAACGAAAAGAGAUCUGCUGAUGCACCAGCGAGGUCACACUGGGGAGAGGCCAUUCACCUGCUCCACAUGUGGAAAAGGAUUCACCCAUUCAUCUCACCUGCUGACACACCAACGCACUCACACUGGGGAGAGGCCAUUCACCUGUUCUGUCUGUGACAAGGGAUUCACCUGUACGUCCCACUUACUGAGACAUCAAAGGGUUCACACCGGGGAGAGGCCAUUCAGCUGCUCUCUGUGUAAGAAAGGAUUUACUCAAUCAUCCCACCUAAUAACACACCAGAGAGUUCAUAUGCAACAGCAGGGAUUGGAUUCUGCUGAUAAUGCUGUGGUUAAUAUCAAUCAGGACUGAACCAUGUUCAUUCUGACAGUUUGCAUUUAUUUCUGAGGAUGUAAGUAACCCCUCUAACACCAGUUGGAGUUAAUAUACUUUAUAAAUGUGAAAUAAAUCACCACAGUUAAAAACAUUCUUGUAGAUUGUUAUCCUUCCAUCCAAGUAUUUGGCAUCAGCUGGUUGGAACUCUGAAUGGACAAUCUGGAAGAAAGUCAUAACAUAUAAAUAGAAAACCAACCGUGGACACUAUCCAGGAAAUUAAUUACCAUCCACAUCUUGU